UCAACAAAUUCCACCAUGUUCUUCUUUCUCUCUCUUCUCUCCACCCUCUUUUUCAUCCCCUUUUCCCUAUGUCAACCCCCUAGGUCUCUACUCAUCGAUUGCGGUGCCACCGUCACUUCUCUCAUCGACGAUCGACAAUGGCUUCCAGAUACCGGCUUUAUUUCAAUCGGUACAUCCAGAACCCUAGCGGAGACCAACCUCUCUCCUACCCUCUCCACCGUCCGAUCAUUUCCCCUCCUCCAUAACAACUCUCGCCGCCGGAAAUUUUGCUAUGUCGUGCCGGUGUACCGCACCGGGAAAUACCUAGUACGGACGACGUAUUACUAUGGUGGAGUGAACAGCCAGGUUUCACCGCCGGUGUUUGAUCAAAUCGUGGACGGGACUUUGUGGAGUGUGGUCAAUACGACUGAAGAUUACGCCAGAGGAACGGCGUCGUAUUACGAGGGGAUAUUUCUCGCCGCAGGAAAGUCGAUGAGUGUUUGUCUGGCUUCGAAUACGUAUACAGAGUCCGACCCGUUUAUAUCGGCGAUGGAAUUUGUACUAUUGGCUGAUUCCUUGUAUAAUUCAACGGACUUUGGAAAUUCUAGUCUCAGAUUGGUUGCAAGGCACAGCUUUGGAUAUAAUGGUUCGAUAAUAAGGUACCCAGAUGAUCAAUUCGAUCGUUAUUGGGAGCCAUAUGGUGAAAACAAUCCUACACUUUCUAGAGGAGAAAACGUAUCUAUAAAUGGCUUCUGGAACCUCCCUCCUUUGAAAGUAUUUCAGACACAAUUCGCAGUCAGCCGACCAGAACAACUCUUGGAGUUUCAGUGGCCUCUUACACCUCUUCAGAACUCAAUCUACUACAUUGCUCUUUACUUUGCAGAUGACACUGGGACUUCAAGAGUUUUCAACAUUACUAUAAACGAUGUUUCAUUCUAUCGUGAUCUGAACAUUUCUAUGACUGGUGUUGCUUUGUUUGCCAACCAGUGGCGGCUUUCUGGCCCCACCAAGAUCAUAUUGAGUCCUGCUCCUGGUUCUACUCGUGGUCCUCUGAUUAAUGGUGGAGAAAUUUUUGAGGUGCUGCCAGUUGGUGGGAGAACUCUUACGAGAGAUGUGAUUGGCUUGAAUGGUUUGAAGGACAGUUUUCAGAACCCUCCUUUUGAUUGGAAUGGUGAUCCUUGUUUACCCUUGGAGAACUCAUGGACUGGAAUUACAUGCUCUAGAGGAUCUCGUAUUCGUGUGAUUGGAUUAAACCUUACAAGCAUGGACCUUUCAGGAUCUCUUUCUCCUAAUAUUGCAAAUUUGACUGCACUAAGUGACUUAUGGCUUGGGAACAAUAGAUUGUCAGGAGCCAUUCCUGAUUUGAGUAACUUGAAGUUGUUAAAGACUCUACAUCUGGAGGACAAUCAGUUGAAUGGACGGAUCCCGUCGUCUUUGGGAAAUAUUGACAGAUUGCAAGAACUAUUCUUGCAGAACAAUAAUUUGACCGGUCAAGUUCCAACCAGCCUCACACUAAAACCCGGAUUGAACUUGAGGGUUGCUCCUGGUAAUCCAUUUUUGGACCCACCAAUUCCUUGAUCAUGAUCGCAACUUGUAUUCAUGUUAUCGAAAAUCUUGAAAUCAAGUUUACAGGAUUUUUGAGAAAAGCAGAAAAGAUGGUGUCCAUAUCCCAUUCAAGCGUCUUGCUGACUUGUUUUUGGUUCCAAAUUGUUCCCCAUUAAUUUCUUAGUGUUCCAUAUUCUUAGGAGUGUACAGUUUUCUUCUUUUAAAAAUACCAAAUUGUUGUAUGUUUUAUUAUGUACCUGAAGUUGAAUGAACAAAAUUGUAAUCGGUUCUUCGGAAACACUUAGAUGGUAGUGUACAACACCACUCUGAUUGUGC